UUGCAGGGUUAACGUAGGCAUUUUCUAGCAAUUUCGGAAGAAUGUAAUUGUUGCGAUUUAGCCCUAUCGUCUGGCAUUUACAGUAUUUUUCUUUCUAGCCAUGGCACCUACUUAUGGUAAACAUAAAGAUAAAUGAGAAAACUCCUCAAUAACGUUUUACAAACAUGUACUCGAACAUUAAGAUCCAUAGACCUAGUAAAAGCUCUCCGUGAAAAUAACAUGAACAAGCUUGUAGAAAACGUGGUCAAAGAUUGGAUUUGGUCUAUCAACUAUGUAUUACCCUCGGCUUGCGUGAUGAUGGCGUGAACUACGUAAUGAGGCUUUAUUUACAUCUGAGAAUCACAAGAAUGUAGUGCCGGCACACGAAUUUUUCACCCGGUUGAAAUGAAAUCAAUAUACGUGUGUUCUGUUAGAGCGACUUGGUAAAACACCAGCUUGAAUGGAUAACGGAGAAGAUAGCAGAAACGCUUUCAAAAAGCUCAGGCGGUUCUUUUGUGGUGAAAGGUUCCAAGAUAGCUUGUGGUCGUGGAUCGUAUGUUUUUCGGCGGCUGUCUGUAAUGGAAUUAAUCUGGGGUUUACUCUCAGCUUUGGAGUUUUGUUCCCGGAGUUGAUGAAGCACUUCAAUGCCACAAGAGGGAGAACAGCCUGGGUUGGUUCUAUAGGCCUGGCUAUGGUUUGGUUUGCAAGUUUGCCGGCUGGAUACUUGUGCGAUCACUUUGGCUGUCGCACCACAUGUUUAUUAGGAGGACUGCUGUGCGUGACAGGUCUGUUAGCAACUUCCUUUGCAAACAGCCUCACUGUGAUGUACUUUACCUACGGUUUGGUGUACGGCUUGGGGUCCUGCUUCAUUUAUAACUCUAACUUCUUGGUUGUUGGAAAAUAUUUCAAUAAAAAACUCCCUUUAGCUGUUGGUAUAACAGCACUGGGGUCAAGUGUAGGUGUCCUUUACAUAGGCCCGUUGCUUCAGACUCUUUUGGACGCGUUUGGAUGGAGAAACACCUUUAAAAUUAUGACGGCAACGUUCGUUCUAGUUUGCAUUUUGAGUUUGAAUUUCAAUCCAAACGUAAUAGAAACAACGAUGGUGACGGAGGUAAAAUCAGGAACAUUGGACAUGGAGCAACAAGUCGGAAUUAAGGGCAGAAUCUCUUUUUACUGCAGCGUGUGGAUGUUUCCUGUUUACAGUUUUGUCGUCAUUUCUUUGAUGGUGGGAUCUUUUGGAAUGUAUAUUCCUUACAUCAAUCUGGUCAAGUACUGUGAAGAUCUUGGUUUCACGGCGCAGAGCGCCUCUCGACUGUUCAUCUUCAUCGGCCUCACCUCAUCACUUGCUCGGAUUCUCUCAGGAAAACUGUGCAACAAUCCAAAGUUAAACCCAAUAUUUGUUUAUCAGUCAUCGCUGUUUAUCGGUGGUGUAUCCGUGCUCCUCUUACCUUUGGCAACCAAAUACUGGGCCUUAGUUGUAUUCAGUUGUGCUUAUGGAAUAAGCGAUGGAAUUUUCAUAACCGCGCAAUGUUACAUCUUGCUUAGCUGUGUGGAUAAAGAGAGAGCUACAGCUUCAUUUUGUAUCCUCAACUUGCUUUAUUCAUUUUCGGUGGCUACUGGUGGACCUAUUGCUGGUUUGAUGGCAGACCAAAGUGGGAACUAUACCAAUUCGUUUUACAUGACCGGUGGAGUUCUGAUGUUAGCAUUUGUUAUUCCUUUUGCACUGAUUUUUAUCAACCGUAAAAAGUCUGAAGUCAGUCCAGUAGUAUCAAAAGAAAUGAGUGACGUGGAACCAACAACCACUGAUCCAAGCACUAAUGUGACAGCCAAAGACUUUCCUGUUGUCUGAUUCAAAAGCUACUAAAAUAAAAUUCAGGGAACCAUUAGGCUUUCUUUAUCUGUAAGAACUAUUGAACAAAAUGAUGAGUUCGAAUAAAAUGAUGAGUUCGAACAAAAUGAUAAGUUCGAACAAAAUGAUGAGUUCGAACAAAAGCUCUUGCACUUUAGAAACCUCUUAAACAAGGACCCUGACUAUAAAAGGACUUUUGCCCUGGGCAAGCCGUCAGUCAUUUCACCCCUGACACCGAACUGUCGACAUCAACCAGUCCGUGACCGUGCGAUAUCGGCAAAACUAUUGUAACCGAAAGGUCACUUGCAGCCAGUGCAUAUCUCAAACUUCUACGAAUUUUGCCAUUUUCGUUUACGGCAAAGAAAAGAUGAUCGGCUCCACUCAGUUGGCUCCACGGAAUGUACACCCGCUUGCGAUGUCAUUUCUGUAAGGAAGG